CAACGUGCCGCUGCUCCGCCACGUGUCGGGCAUCCGACGCCGCGAUCCCUGCCUAUAUAUUUGAUUGAUAGACACAACUCACAAGGGAGACCGGCCGAUCAGUUUAGUUUAUUUAUUUAUGUAAGAGAGAGAGAGAGAGAGAGAGAGAGAUGGUGGUGUUCUGCUUUCUGGUGGACCAGCGGCGGACGGUGAGGAGCAGCAAGCUGGCGGCGGGGAUCUGCUCGCGGUGCGGGGGAUGCGCCAGCGUCGCCGGCAUGGUCACCGCCACCCGCUUCUGCUACGUCCCCGUCUAUCGUCGGACCUGGCGGGCCAUCAUCUGUACCUUCUGCGGCGCCCUCCUCAAGUCCUACAGAUUGGAGAGAGAGCGAAAGAGAGAUUAUGAGCAAACGCUUGCGUGUUGCAGCACGGAGGCUCAUCCCUCCCGUGGCUCCGGUCGACUGCUUCCGAGUUCAUUGCGGCCGGCGUUGCACCUUGCCACUGCCAUGGACUAAGUAUUUUUAACUCGUGGUAUGGGUGGAUUAUUAUAUAUAUCCAGGAAUAUAUGACUGAUACCAUGUGUGUGUCUGUUAACAAAUUAAAAUGUUAUUCAUUACAUGGUUCUGUUGUAAUUUCAGCAACUUUGUUUUCCAA